AUGGCUGGACGCUUAACUCAUCAAGACGUCUUGGAAACCGAGGUGAAGCGUCGACUUGGUGCGCAUAUACAGCGACGUGGCGAUGGCUUCACGGAGGCUGAAUCAAUGGGUUUGCUUCAAAUAGUGCGUAGUCACUGGCGCGAGGGAUGGGACGUUGUUGCACAGCUACACAAUGCGCAGUUCGCCAAACACAAUCGCUCGGCCGAUUCUCUCAAAAAGAAGUUUUCGCGUUUGUACCGCUCAAAUAUUCCACCACGGGGUGCCAAGAACAACCAGGCUAUCACAUUUGCUCACGUUGUGCACAAGGAAAUGAUUGAGGGUGUGCCACUCACACUCACUACAACCAUCAACGACGAGACGCCUGUUGAGUCUAGUGAAGCCAUGCUUCAGCCGCUACACAGUGACGAUCAUAGACAGGAAUUAACAAAUGAAGCGGACAAGCGAGAAAAUGGAGAGGACAAAGCUACAUCGUUUGCGACUAAAGCUGGUAGCGAUGUGCCCGCUGCUGUCCCACGGCCGCGUCAGAGGCGCCAGUCAACAGAUUGGCAACAUUCGACUGUAGACACCACACCGUUGCCGAGCGAUGAUCUGUUGACGUCAGUACUUAAAGUUAUUCUCCGCUCGCAAUACCAGCGCGAUCUGGAUAGAGAUGAGGAUCUUCGGCGUCGAGAAGAGGAAAGGCAACGUCGGAGGGAAGAGACUGAACAGCGACGACGGGAGGAGGAACGUCGACGCGAUGAAGAACGGGAAGAACGACGUCGCCGCAGUGAAGAACGCGCUGAAGAGCGCGCUGAAAACCGUCAUCGGCACGAGCAGUUUAUGCAAAUGAUGAUGCUGCUCAUGGGCAAGGAUGGCAGCCGCCAACUACAAGAUUCCGAAACUUGA